AUGGACGAGGUCCAGUACAGGCGGGCCGCCGAUGCGCUGAAACGGCAGGCGCACGGCGACUGCAUCCUUGCGGGAUUCGAGGAGUUCUGGGAUCCACCGCGAAGGGCGGCGAACGGCGCGGCGUGCGGCCCUGAUGCGGGCGGCGUGUUGCUGGAAGCUGCCCUGGACAUACAGCACGUGUGCAACGUAACGAAGGCGAAGCAGGCACCGAAACUGCUCAAGAAGUCCACGAAGGCCGUCCCGUCGGACAAAAUCGUGCUUUCGCCCAGCGCAGAGGCCGUGCGCGAGUGCGUGAGAGCCUCGUUCCAGGACGCCUCUCCGCCCCUCAGCCUCCAGGAUCUGUGUCGCGACGAGACGCUCAGGAGCCUCAUACUCGACAAUCACGGCCCGCGUGGCCACCAUCCCCCGUGGUGGCCCCCACAGCCCGACCUCCUCCUCAAAGUGCUCCUGGAGACCCUUCGCGGCUCCGACGGGGUGCCCAUGUUCAUGCGCCCGCUUCUCGAAGCGAAAGCUCAGCUCAAUCGGCAACCGUCCGAGGCGGAGAAGAUGAAGCACAUGAAGGCGCUGUGGCUUGCGCUGCGCAACGACCCCGCGCACACCUCGGCGAGCGUCUCGCAGCGAGACCGCGAAGAAAACGCCGACCUGCUGGCCAGACUCGAAGCCGACAUCAGGGCCUGGUCGGUGACGGACCGCUGCACGGCGCCGCGCGCGGAGCUGUGCCACACGAUCCAGGGCAAGGAGCACGAGGCCAUCCUGAACGCGCACCUGCGCGCGCUCGGCGUGCCGUUCCAGUCGGAGCGGGAGUCGCGCGAGAGGAACGAGCCGUGCACGCCCGACGCGCUGCUCCUCGUGCCCAUCAUGAUCACGGCGCCCGGCGCGGGGGCGGGGAGCGACCGCCUCGUGCACUGGAUCGACUCCAAGGCCAUGUUCGGGGACAAGACGGCGUACAAGGACAACGCGGCGCAGUUCAAGAAGUACGCCGCCGUCUUCGGGCCGGGCCUCGUGGUGUGGUGGUCGGGUUUCGCGCGCGACGCCCAGGCGGAGGCCCCCGGGGACAUGUUGUUCAUGGACCGCUUCCCGCGGCCCGAGGAGGUGCAGACGCUGCGCGCGGGACCCGAGGGGCCCGUCGCGGCGACGCUCACGUAG